AUGGCGACGGACGGUAGCGUGGGACCCCCGCCACACAGCGAGCAUGAUCACCUGUUCAAGCUGCUGCUUGUCGGUGAUUCAGGCGUAGGCAAGAGUUGCUUGCUUUUAAGAUUUACCACCGACACGUUCGACGAUCUUUCGCCGACCAUCGGUGUGGACUUCAAACUUAAAUCAGUGACCGUCAACGGCAAGCGGAUCAAGCUAACAAUAUGGGACACAGCCGGUCAGGAGCGAUUCCGUACGCUCACAAGCUCGUAUUACCGUGGAGCCCAGGGAAUUAUCCUGGUGUACGACGUGACGCGGCGAGACACGUUCACGAAUCUGUCGGACGUGUGGCUCAAGGAGAUCGACAUGUACUCCACCGUCUCGGACUGCGUCCUCAUGCUGGUCGGCAACAAGGUUGAUAAGGAGUCGGAGCGGCAAGUGGCGAAGGAGGAGGGCAUAGCGUUUGCACGGCAGUACGGCUCGCUCUUCCUCGAGUGCUCUGCCAAGACACGUCUCAACGUGCAACAGUGCUUCUCUGAACUAGUACAGAAGAUCAUAGAGACGCCCUCGCUGGUGGCGCACAACACGCACGCCACCAAAGUGCUGCGCAACUUGCAAGCAGAGUCUAACCCCGUCUCCGACCCCAGUGGCAGCUGCGGAUGCUGA